AUGGAUGACAACGGGAGCCCCAAGCCAUCCCAACCUUCACUGACCACAAUGGCAUCGGAUGAGCAGCAUGCCAUCGCUCCUACACCACCAAUCAAGGCGGAAUGGGAUGUCAGCAAUGACGGAGAGGACCGACCCCUUCUCAUAUCGAACACUUGGUCGACGCCGCUGGUCCUGGAAGAUCCGUCAGAGGAGUCGCGUUUCACAUCUGGGCUACCUUCGCUGUGUGAGACACCUUCAAAGAAAGGCAGCAAGAGAGACCACGUCUCCUUUUCCAGCGAAGUCGGGCAGCAGCCCUUCAAGAGACAUGACCCCGUUACGGAACCUCCUCCCAAGAUGGCUACGAACCACGCGAGCUUUCAUUCCGCGGAACUGAUCGCCCAUUCGAUUCCUGAAGAGAUUGUGAGAGAUAUCCGAGAUAAUGCAUACACUGACGAGGACUUCGAGUUCUUGAAGGAGAAGGCAUGCGGCCUUAGCAAGAUCUAUCAGUGCGGUGAAAUUAAGGUUGGCUUCAAAGGUGUUUCAGGCACUGGAAAAUCAAGCCUGAUCAACUCGUUGUUGGGCUACAACGGGUUAGCCCCAAGUGGUGGCUACGGCGAGGCAUGCACGGCGGUCGUACAGGAGUUUCGAAAACCUCGCCCUUCCCAGGAGAUGCCUUGCGAGGCUGAAGUCACCUUCCUGCUGCCUCAGGCUCGAGAGACUGCUCUGAAAGACUGGGUCAGAAACUUCUGGGACAGUUACAAGGCUGGAACAAGUGAGGAUGGGGAAGACGACGAAGACUCCACCGAAAAAGACGUCGACCAGGCGAUCCAGGAGGGGGAAGUGUCCACCACCGCAACUGAUGCCUUGUUUUCGCUCUUUGCGGAUCACGAAGAGUGCGCAAGUCCAGAGGCGACCAAGCAGUUCCUAAUUACCGCAACCUCCCGUGAAGAUCCUAACCUUCUAGGUCGAUUGAAAAGAUGGACGGAUUCGCUACUCAAAAGUCUCGGCGUAACAUCGAGUGAGCUUAUCAUCAAAGCCCACACACCUGACGACCUUCGAGACCAGCUCGCCCAAUUCCUGGCGCAUGUCGACCGUCAGCAACCUUCGCCAUGGCCGUUUGUGCAACUCGUCAAAUGCUUCUUCGAUUGCCCCCUGCUAUCUCAGGAUAUUGUUCUCGCAGAUCUACCUGGUACAUCCGACAUCAACCGGACCCGCGUUCAGGCCACGAACGUAUACAUGAGAGAUGUAGACUACACGGGGGUUGUAGCCAAGAUCGAUCGCGCACAGUCGAACGCCGAUGCUCACAAAUCCCUUGUCGAGGCUUACAAGCGCAAACGGGGCAAGAACGUCUUCAUGGCCGUGACAAAGUCGGAUUCAGGAAUUUCUGAUGAAUCUGGUCUCGUUGACAAAUAUAUCAACAUGCCAGGCGCGAGUGCGGGCGACAUAAAGAGACUGUUGCUCUUGAAAGAGGAACUCGACUCAAUCAAGAUAGAUUCGAAGAGCUUCCAGCUCCGACAGAAGCAGGCUCUUUCCCAACGAGACUAUGAUCUCGUCGAAAGUCUUGCGAAGCAGAACGAUGUCUUGGAGACCCGGGAGACUUCUGUAUUGGCCAAAAUCAGGGAAAGUUGCCUUGAACUCCGCAACAACAAGGUCCGCCAAGCCCUUGUAAACCGAAAUCUUGGCAUGAUGAAGCAGGAAAUUCUCCCAGUCUUCUGUGUCAGUAGUAUGGAAUACAUGAAACACAUUGUUGGCGACGAAGAUCAUCCGCCGAUAAUGAGCGUCGAAGCCACCGGGAUCCCCAGACUUCGCGCUCACGUUUACUCCUUACCAGCCGAUCGGAAGAUAAUGGCCUUUAAGCAUCAUGUCAAGUACAAGCUGCCCUCGCUUCUUCACCACUUGACCAUGACCUGCUCUCAAAGCAAAUUGAGAAGAAAAGAAGAGUUGCAGAACAUCUUAGUGGAUGCACUGAAGCCCCUGUCAAAUGAGAUUAGUCAGGUUUUCAAGGAUCUACUCAGCGAUGGCGUUCUGAGCCGCCUUGGGAAGAUAAAGAAGAAUAAGGCGACUUACAUCACAGCAGCGGCAGAGAAGCUGAAGGUAUACGCGAAGUGGAAACCUUCAACUCAGAAGGCAUUCUGUCGCAAUAAAGGCAGGUGGAAGACUCCUAAAGUUGGAUUCCACGAUUGGAACUGCGCAAUACUCGAGCCGCUCAUCAAGGACAUGAAGACCGAGCUCCGUCCUUGGGAGGAUGUGAGUGAGCCGCUUGGCCACAACCUAUCGGACAAGGUGGUGGGAGCGCUUCAAGGACUGAUAGGACGUCUGCAAGACUCUACUGGCCCAUCUCACAACAUCCUUCAACCAUUCUUUGAUGAAAUGCGCUUGAACGUAGAUAUGCUUGACGAGGCGUGCAAGUCGGAGGCCCAGGCAGUGGAAAACGGUCUUUGCUCUAUCAGAGAUUGCCUCCUCCUGACAGCGGAGCCGAAGGACUGUUACUUCCUCCAGCUUCUGGAGAAGAUAUACGUUGAGUGUGCUGCCAUAAACGGUCCCGGCUCAAACAAAGUGCGCAUGAGACUCCUCCAAAAGAAGAUUUUUGAGAGGGGCCCGGCGAACCCGUUUCACAAGUGCCAUGACAAAGCGAAAAUUGCCGCACAAAAGCUUUUCCAGCGCCAUGCCGAGAGCUUCGCCGAUAAGGUCUUAGAUACCUUUCAGCACUUUCACGACAUGCUUCUGCGCCUCUUCAAGACGGACGAGAACGACACGCCCGAGGCAAAGGCUCUCCGGGAGCUGAUUCGCAGUAAGCUGCCUGUCUUCAAGGCCAAGAUCGCUGAGUGUGAACGCCUGCUGCAAGAGAGCCUCGAGGCCUAA